AUGCUCAACCAGCCCCAAGCCACCGUCCCCCAGGUCGCGCACAGACUGCCAGAUUCUAGAAAGUGGAUCUUCUUCUGCUCAGGUACGGCCCCAACGACCAGCAUGUUUGGUGUGCAGCCCUGUCAAUUCCUCAAAAACCAUGUCAUUGUCAGCUACGUUGCACAAGUCCUUCGAGCAUUGAGAGAGAGCCGUAUUUGUUUUCGAAAUUCGACCCAGCCCUGUCUUGUAACAAUCAAGCCUGCUAUCUCACCUACUAGCAGCUGUGCUGCCUUACAGCCUCCGAUCUCUUUCUUGGUACUAGGGGACAGACUCUUCAAGUGCUCCCUCUAUAAGAAUACUCGAGACUCAAAAGAUCAAGUGAUCAAAAUGUUUCAACCACACCACCGGCACUGGCUCUUCGUAGCCCUUGCCCUCUUCCACAACCUUGAUAUUGUGUCAGCGCAACAAAUAUUCAUCGACAAUGCCCCCGGCUACGCCAGCCUCGGCACAUGCGCCGAACCGCCUCUCAGCACCGUGAUCCGAGACAUGAACUCCGGCUGUGGCGACAACGGCGCCACGACAUCUUUUUCCUGCUUCUGCACCGCCAGCUCCAGCUACAUGGCCGAUGUGAUCAGCAGUGCUGUCCUCCAGCGCUGUCCAGGAUCCACAGCCGCCGCAGCCAGUGCCACGGCCGUCUUCAAUGCAUAUUGCGCACUGGACAAGACCUCAUCGGCCUUGGGCACAGCAGCAGCAGCACCAACCAGUGCUGCACCGCUCACGGACACAGAAGACGGGUCAAGUAAAUCCAAUACCGGUCUUUCCACGGGCGCCAAGGCAGCGAUUGGAGUCGUCGUCCCGGUCGUCGUGCUGGGGGUCAUUCUUGGAGCGUUUCUGAUUAUGAGAAAGAGAGCUUAUAGACGGAGACAGCAGAAGGGCUUCGAGGGAGGACCGGACGUCCCAAGUAAGGACAAGGAUAUGAGUCUGGAUGACGAUGGCUAUUUCUCUUCAAAGACCGGAGAGUUGCCCGGGAGUGAUGCGCUACCGGUGGAGAUGCCGUCGGAGGAGAAGCUGCAGGAUCAAUAUCCAUCUCCAUAUCUACAGGAAAUGCCGGCGGCGACGGCGAGUGGUGAAAAGAAUCCAAGGACGGUGAUGGCUGAGUUGCAAUGA